UGCUGCAGAUGUGGCCCUCUGCACAUCAUGCUUUGAAUCCUCAGUCGGAAUUCGCGUUCAACACGGAGGUGAAAUUGGUGCUAUUGUUUAUUCUCACUUGUCGUUGACAGAAACUAUCGAUGGUAUCGGUGAGAUAAAACGCGCUCAAUUUGGUGCAGAUAUAAAUCCAGACACGAGAAAAACAACAGUGGCAGAACAUUUCUUCUGUUUUACACGGAAACGCAAAGAAAAGACCAACUAUCUCAGAAGUUAUACGCAGUUUUAUGGGCUAGCAAUGAUGUUGAUAUAUCCAAACCAGACUGGCUUAUGCAGCCGGGACCAGGACGACAACAAAUCCACGAUGGGUUUGUCAACAGAUUCCAACUCGCUUGCUCCCAAGAGCAAUUCCAACACAAGUUAUGGAGAACAAAUAUACCACAUGGAAGAUAUGCAUAAAAAAGAGGAAAAGGCAGAUCCCGCUAAGACUUUAGAAUUGCUUCACAAUCCACAUAUGUGGAAUUAUGAUGACUUUUCUUUUGAGCAAAUUGGUGAAGGGUUUUUUGGCAAUGUGUACAAGGUAACCCAUAAGCUAACAAGUCAGGUUUUAGUGUUAAAGGAACUGAAAAACACAACUGAUGAAGACCAUAAGACAAUGUUUUCAGAAGAAAUAAAAGCAAUGCACAGACUUUGUCAUCCAAAUGUGUUAAAAUGCGAAGGGCUAGCAUGGCACAAGAACAGCCUAUGUUUGUUAACUGAAUACAUUACUGGUGGAUCCCUCGACGAUUUGCUGACAAAAAAGAGCCCCUUAUUAAGCACUUGGCAGGCGAAGUUAUCCGUCGCGCUCGAAAUUGCCCGUGGCAUGCAUUACUUGCAUUCACAGGGUGUCAUUCAUCGAGAUCUUGCAUCGAAGAACAUUUUGAUUAGACAGAAAGACGAUUUUGGAUUGCAAGCGAUUGUUGCAGAUCUCGGCCUCAGUCGCACAGUUGCAGGAUUGGCUCUGAGCGAAGACGAAUAUUUUUUUGAAAUAGUUGGAUCUCCUUAUCACAUGGCACCAGAAGUUUUGAACGACAAGCCAUACAACAUGAAAGCUGAUGUUUUUUCGUAUGGCAUAAUGUUAUGUGAGAUGAUUACGAUGUGUCCUGGAGCAGAUCCUGAUGAUGUCCCUAGAAGUGAUGACUUUGGAUUAGCUGUGGAGAAUUUUACAGAAGUUGCUGCUGACUGUCCGUCGAAAUUUCUUGACUUGACCAUCAGAUGCUGUCAGAUGAAUCCCAAGGAGCGGCCAUCAUUUCAAAAUAUUGUGAAGGCAUUGGAUAUCAUUCUUGACAAAUUCAUCGAAAAUGACGAAGAAGCACAGAUCGAGGACAAAACAAGUUUUGAUUACGUCAUCGAUGCCAGCCUCAUGUGCACGUGUCGCUCGUUUGAAAAGGGCGAGGUUAUUGACGACACGCUAGGGGUUGAAAACUUUAAAGAUCGUUUCGGGUCUGUCCGAAUGAGAGCAUCGCGACGAGUUAUAAAAUCCAAACUUGCUAGAUGCCCGCACUGUGGCGGAAGAAUUUUGAAAGGUCAGGGUAUUGGUACAGAAGACGAAAAAGGCUCGGAGGUUGAAUCAGAGAAAGGGACUUCGAUACAGGCUGUAGUUCCCCUGAAGAAUGAAGACAGUGCAUCCUCACCAAGGAACGAGUUCAUUACUGGCGCAUUAUUGAAUGAAUCUCAAGGUACUCUCGAGCUAUCACAGCUUGUUGAUAAUACUCCCGGUAAAUUGCCAAGGUUUUUCAAAAACCUUCUCAAAUCUAAGCGAGGAAAAAUCCGUUCGAAAGAUGUUAAAAGGAGAUGGCGAAAGAGUUUACAUGAUUUAUUUUCACCAAAUUCAAGUCAUACUGAAGCCGCACUGAAAGCAGAGCAAGUUGGAUGUGAAAAUGAUGAUGUCGCGUCGGUCCCUGCCGGUAUGGGGGUUUCGCCAACGCGGACUGACAAAAGCGAUAAAGGCGAGAAACAAGAUAAGCCCGAGAAACACCGAAAAUUAAGUAAAUUUCGAAGGAAAUCGGAGCAUAAAACUCAAAUCGAUUUACGCAAAAUGUCUUACAGCAAUGAUGACUUUGAUAGCGGCCCUUCAGCAUCGAGCUCUACGGUGUCCAGUCCACGCUCACCUAGUGCAGUUGAAGAUGUAGAUUCAGGGACUGUUACUGACGAAAAUACAAAGACGCUGGCCCGAUCUUUCCCUUUGCAGUCACACGUUCCUCAAGAAGCAUCUUUUGCGAGGGCACUCGCUGUUUCCGUCGAUUCUUUAGAUAAGCUCGGUAUCGGCGAGUCUACCGAGAAACCUCGCGAUCGUCGGUACAGCAUGCCGAGCCGAAAAAUGCGUCAUGGUCGAACCCGUUCGGUUGAGUCACCACACCCACCGCUUCAAAAGAAAACCUCCAGCUCAAAGCUUCUCAGCUUUUUAAAGAGGAAGUCUUCUGGAAAUCUACGCGAACAAAAGUUGUAAAGUAAGAAUUAACGUUGAAAGAAUAUAAAUGUGCUACUUAUAAAUAAUAAAAAGUUUAAUUCAUAUAUCGAUAUUUUAUGUUAAAUUGUACAGUUGUAUGAUUUAAUAGUCUGAUAAUUGCUCCUGAUAAUUUGAAGGGGCCCCACUUUUUCCGAUAUAAUAACCCGUGUCUACUGACAUCAGUAUCAAAUCACACCCCAUGAUGCAUUUUUACAACUUUCCACACCACCCAGCAGUUUCUCCAGCAAUACCACUUGUGAAUAUAUGUAAAAUUCUUCGGUAUUACCUCGCGUUUCUUUUUCAUUUUUAAAAGUGUGCAUUUGCCAAUUUCUUUGGAAUGCGAUCUUUUGAAUUAUCACACUCAGGAAUCUUCAUUUGUUCAACUUUUCUUGAUUUCAUUUUUUAAACUGUAGACCACAUCACUACCGAUUGGAGCAAAGGAUUUUUAUUUUCCCUUCACUUUUUAGCCUUUCAUUAGUUUGUUUAUUCAGUUUAAAUGGUUGGAAAAAUUUUUUACAUGUUGAUUUUGCAAUUUUUGCAGCCAACACCGCUCUUACUGUAGUCGUGGGCGAAUUUGAGGCCUCAUUGAAAUCGUUUGAAGUUUGUAAUUACAUUUUUUAGAUGCGUAGAUACUAAACUUUUGAACUGAAGUAUAGAGCUGAACUGGCCAGUUAUUCAAAAUAGCCUUAACCUCACGUAAUAUUUUACUAGCUUGUGCAUUCCAAGAAAAUAUUGUCUGUACAGUUUUAGGGCAUUGUGAAUUCCUUUUCCAAUUCGGAUAGUUGUAACCAUCCCAAAGCUGUAGGCUUUAAAGUUUUAUGUGAAUUUUUUGAAUUCAGGCUCCUCAAAGCUUCCAAAUUAAACAUUUUCGAUAUCUGGCCAGUUCCUUAUGUUAUGUCACUGGCUCUGCACUAUCAGUCAUUAGUUUUCUUCAUAAUUUAUUUCGUGGACUAUUGAAUAAUUAACUAAUUAUUUUUGACAAGCUUUCUGUACUUAGAUCAAUGUAAUUCUGUAAAUAACUAAUCUAAUUCGGGGUUGUAUAGUUCUAAAUUAUUAACACUAAUUUAUAAUUUUAUUGUAGAGCGUUCAUAAGUAUAUAUCAUGAAUAAUACAGGCAUUCAAUAGGAAAAUGGAAUGCAAACCAUAAUAAAAUUGACAGGCUGAUUCACCUUGUUUGUAAACAUCUGAAUAGUCAAAAACACAAUGAUAAAUUUGUCAAAACAUCAAUUUGUCUAAUUUUUCUUGCCUUAUUUUGCCCUUUGACUCGCAUAUUUCUAUUUUCCUUCAAACUUUGCACUAUACAGCAAUCUUCUUUUCUUUUUUGGGCUUCCUUUGAUCUUGGAUCAGGUCCUAGAUCGAAAAAACAACACUUGCUCUGCUCUCCAGUCACGAUUUCUUUCACAUGCCUAACGAUUUUUGUCAGUUUUUGACAUU